AUGGCGCUUACCGCUGCAGAACGCAUGAAAAAAUAUAGGGAAAAGUUGAAACAAAAUCCACAAAAAUACGAAGAGGUGAAGAAAAAACAUGCAGAAAGAGUAAAAAAAAAAAGUAAGAAAAUAUCUGAGCUAACCGAAGAUGAGAAAGAAAAAAAGCGAAAAAAAUGGAGAGAACAGAAACGGAAACAGAAGGAAAAUAAAAAUCCAAAGAAUGAAGAUAAGAAUUUGAGACCUAAACGGGACAGAACGUCGAAAAGAAUUACAUUGAUGCGAAGAUAUAAUGCCGCAAUAAAAAGGAUCAAGAAUUUAAAAACAGCGCUUAACUCCUCUAAAAAGAGGUUCUAUCGUUAUAAAAAGGCAACUGAUCACAAGAUUCAAACUCUAAAAGAAACUAUUAACAAAAUGACAGCUAGAGAUGAAAUUCAAUUAACAUGUGAUAUUAAAUCAAAAAAAUGUAUGUAUGGAGAAUGUGAGCAAUGUAGAGAACAUAAAUUGGAAUACGAGUUAAAGGACAAACAAAUAAAUGAAAAGACAGAAUGGGAACAGUGGGAAAAUGUUAAACAUGAAUACAAGGACAGUAAAAAAGGGAAUAAAACAGUAAAAACGAAGCGAAUGGCGAAAGUUAGAAAAACUGGAAACAUAGAAACAUUAAUGCAGAGUUUUGAAAACAUAAUACCUAAUUUCAAAAAACAUUAUUACAAUUGGAAACAUCAACAAAAUCAAUACAGAAAAUGCAUAACAGAACUUAAAGAAAAUGAAGCAGUUAUACUAUGUGACUUUUCAGAAAAUUACUGCAGCAAACUUGCCGAAGAAGUACAAUCAAUGCACUUCGGUGCAUCAAAGCAACAAUUUACCCUACAUACAGGGAUGAUUUAUUGGGCAGGAGGAUCACAAUCUUUUACCACAAUUUCCGAUAAUAACAGUCAUGAUCCAGCAGCCAUAUGGGCACACUUGAUACCAAUAAUAAAGAUAGCCAAACAUAAAAAUCCUUUGCUUAAGGUUAUACAUUUCUACUCUGAUGGCCCCUGCACGCAAUAUCGUCAAAAGAAGAACUUUUUUUUACAUAAUUUUUUUACAUUCAAAUUGGGUCUCGAAUACUCAACCUGGUCGUUUACUGAAAGCGGCCACGGAAAGUCAGUAGCAGACGGCAUAGGUGGCGCAGUGAAGAGGUCCUUAGACAAACAGGUUGCGUACGGCAAAGAUAUCUCCAAUGGUGAGCAAGCUGUUGAGCUCUUAUCAAAUUCUAUGAAAUCGGUCAAAUGUCUUUAUGUCAUCAACAGUGACAUAGAAAAUGUAGCGAAAUUGGUUCCGAGCGAUUUGACACCUUUAACAGGCACCAUGCAGAUUCACCAAAUCAUUGCUAAUUCACCUGGCAUUAUUCAGUAUCGAUCGCUAUCUUGUUUUUGCGGCUUGAAGAGAGGGUUGUGCGAUUGCUUUGGUUUAAAUACCCACACGUAUGGAAAGUCAACAAAGAAAACUGAAUUAAAUCGCUCUAAUCCAUCUAAUAAAGUUACAGUAACAGCCGAAAUUCAUGAGGUGCCAAUUUCUCAGAAAACCAAAAUAGCAACUUGUUCUUCCACACAAAAAUAUUUUGAACAAAAUGAAGACAUUAUAGAACUAGACAUAGAAAGAGAUGAGGGAAAGUAUAAAGAAGAACAAGAAAGAGUCGAAGAAAUCAAUGAUGCGACAUUUAAAACAAAAGAGGAAGAAAAAAACAGAUUAGAAGAAGUGAAUGAUGGAGUGACAGUUGGCUGUAAAGAUAAGGAACAAGACAAAUUAGAAGAGACUAUUAAUGCGGGGUGCAACGGCCGCGCCGGCGCGCCCCGUCGAUACGGCGCCACACCGCCGCCCCAGCCCGAGCGGCCGAAUGCACGCGCUCCGCGCUACGCCGACUUCUUAACAUCCACACAAAUUAAUUCUACCAAAAACUACAGAAUAUCAAUAAUAAUACCAACCAAUGACAAAAACCCGCGCAAUUUUCUCAUUUAA